AUGACGAAACUAUCAGCAACUUGGACACAGCUCACUCAGAGUGCGCGCCUCCAGCGCUCUUCACAGUGUCUCUCAGUCCUAGGUUCCAACAUUUUCAUACUUGGUGGUGAACUAGUGCCGCGUCAACCAGUCGACAAUCGACUGGACGUUAUCAGUCUCGGGGCAUCUAAAGCCGAGGUCUCAACACUCGACGCUCCACCAGAGGCCCUGACACCAUGCGGCGGCAUCGCGAUGGCACCCGUGGAGGAGGACGGCGCCGUCUGGCGCUACACGCCCUCACAGCCGAGCUGGGAGCUCCUCAAGCCCGCGGACCCGGAGAGGCCCUUCCCCGCCCGCCGCAGCUACCACGCCAUGGCGUCGGACGGCCUCGGCUCGCGGGCGUGGAGCGAGCUCGCGGCGGCGCCGGAGCCGGCGAGGGGCGGCACCAGCAUAGCUUACUCGGGCGGCAAGCUGUACAGGAUGAACGGGUUUGACGGGACGACCGAGCAGGGGGGCUUGGUUGAUACGUAUGAUUUGGCCACGAACGAAUGGUCGUCUUUUGCGUUCAAGUCCGAUGGGAAGAGCGGGCCUGGGCCGAGGAGCGUAUCUACGCUUGUGGCCGUGACGGUCAAGGGGAAGACGUAUCUCGUCACUAUGUUCGGGGAGUGUGAUCCUAGUUCUCUAGGUCAUGCCGGUGCUGGGAAGAUGCUCUCUGAUGUGUGGGCCUUCGAUGUCGAUGGUCAGGACUGGUUUUAG